CAAUUUCCCCCAGCGGUCGCACUUUGCUAUAUUAAGACGCUAUUGGUAGCAUCUCUUAAAAUCCAUUGCAUCGACAUUCUCAUACUCUUCAUAAUGGGCAGUGUUAAACGUACUACUAUCACUUUUCUUGGUUGUGGUGUGUUUGGUACUGCGAUUCUUCAGGGAGUGGUCCGUGCUCUCGAGGCGGAGAAAGCAACACAAGAUAUUCCGCUGGGAAUAUCCAGCAUCCAAUCGCUCUACGCCUGUGUUCGUAGCCCCGCAAGUGCCGCUCGGAUUCAAGAGGAGCUAGGACCGAGUUCCAGCCACGUCACAAUUGUCCAUGGCGACAGCGGUCCCGCUCUCGAGGCAGCCGAUGUCAUCGUGUUGACCUGUCGACCUCGCGAUGUCCUCAGCUGCCUAGGUUCGGACCGGGUACGGCACGCGCUGCAGGGCAAAUUGCUAGUCAGUGGAGUUGCAGGAGUCUCAAUUUCAGAUCUGCGGGCUCUGCUCGCUGGGACCCACCACCUCAGCUCGGUAGAGAUGAUGGAUUCGCAAGCCACCACUAUCUCGCAAACCCAGGUGGUACGUGUGAUGGCCAAUCUAUGCGCUAUGACCCGACAGUCCAUCACUGUGGCCACGAUGGAGGAGGAGAUGUUCGGCGCUACGCAUGCAUUCAUGGGGAUCGUGGAGUGGAUCUUCGCGCAGGUGGGGACUCUGCGCUGGGUGGAACCUAGCCAGUUCAAUGCCUGUGUCUCUCUCUGCAGCUCCGGGCCAGCUUUCAUGGCCACAUUCAUUGAAGCGCUAGCAGACGGAGCUGUCGUACUGGGGGUAGAUCGCAAAUCGGCGGUGGAGAUGGCGGCGCUGAUGGCUCAGGGCACUGCGAGUUUGAUUCUGGCCGGCCGAUCGACGACGGAGAUUCGAAAUGGCGUCUCGACGCCCGGUGGAUCUACAAUUCAGGGGAUCUUGGAGAUGGAAGAACGAGGGAUUCGGCCCAUGGGGGUUCAUACUAUUGGCCGGUCUACGAAGAAAUUGACGGAGCUGUCCGGCAAAAAAUAGCGCAAAAUCAUAAUAGCCUCUUGAAUCUUAAGAAAUGAUCUACUUUGAGAGAUUGAUCCGACA